AAAAUCAUCCAUACUAUUGCUGCAGUCAGCAGUGCAGUUGUGUUGUUAAGUUGUGUACAGUAACAUUACAAUCACACGGUCUUUGUGAACUUUGGAUACAAUGAAACAGAACUGCAGGUGAAGAGAGGACCAAACCAGGGUGUGACAUGUAAGUAGGAUAAAGUUUGACUGUGUUGACUAUGUUUCUCUUGAAUUCUGUUUAAUAAGCUGUAAUUUUAGAAUAAACUUCUAGUUUUUAUUAUUAACCGACAUCAGUGUAACAAGGUAGUCAUUUUCCUUUUUUUUUGUCCCUGGUUUGAUGUACAUGUUUCAGGCUAAACAUCUGGGGCAUAACUGAACACCACUUGUCUGUCACCAAAUAGUCACUUACUCAUCGAGACAUAUUAGUCACAAAAACAUAAACUACAUCAAUAUGUUAACACAUGAUAUUUAAAGAUCAUUUUAGUCAAAUAUCAUUUUGCCCCUCUCAUUGUAGGAGUACAGCUAAAACCUGAACGGUCUCUCAAAGCUGUGUAUCUCUUUCCUCAGUGUAAACAGCCAUGGGGACACACAGCCAAAGCUCUGACAUCCCAGAGGUUGAUGAUUUCCAUGCUCUGGUCCAGCCAAAAGAUGACUCUGCAGAGUCCAUCAUCUGUGUCAAAGGCUUAAAGGAGAACUGGCAAAAAUGGUCCCAUGCGCAUCAGGAGUACCAAAAGAACAACCCUUUCAGUAACACCACCAGGCCCAGUGUGGUGGCCCCUCAGAGGGGGCAGGAUGACUAUGGGAGACCCCUGCAGGGAUCAAUGACAGAGAAGCGGGGGAAAGAUGCUCACACUCACAUAAGCAGAGAAGUUCAGGAGCUGUGUGAGGUGAUCAGGAAUAUCGGAGGACCAAAGGACGGCGAUGUGGGUGGGAAGGUGAUUGCUGUCGAAUUUGGGAAACUGUUUGAGCAUUAUGUAACCAUCUCCAAUAAACUGGUGGGGGUUCUUCUGAGAGCGAGGAAGCAGAAGCUGGUGGACUUUGAGGGGGAGAUGCUGUGGCAGGGGAAGGAUGAUCACGUAGUCAUAACUCUGUUGCAGUGACCGGAAUAGUGGAUAAUUAUUUAUGCCUUGAAUUGAGUUACAGUAGUCAUAGAGCUACCUCGUGGCAGCACACAGUGCAAUAAUUAGACAAACAGCACUUGCUUUUUUUGUAAUCUAUGGCACUUUUAUUUUAGACACCACUAAGUUUUUUGAGCUCAUGAGCAAUGCAUGGUUACAAAUUUAUUUAAAUGCUAUGAUAAGAAUUACUCAGCAAUAAUGAUUCUUGUUAUGACCAACAUAUGUGUAAAGGGAUGUUUAUCCUUGUACAGUUUGCUGACUCUGUUGCUUAAAAAUAGAAAUUUUAAUGUGUUCAAUAAGUAUCUCACACACUAACCUUCACUGUAUGGUUCAAACUGUGUUAGUUAACUGUGGACAACGCUCACAGUUUCCCUCUCUGCUGAAGCCACAGUUAUCCUCGUUUUACCCAUGCUACCUUUUUAAUAAGGGGAAAGUGGAGUGAGCUGCUGAAAUGAAGUCAGCAUUGUUAAAGACACUGACACAAAGCCAAAGAGAACAUAAGGCUGCCUGUGAUAGACAAUAUGGUGCUAUAGGGUAAACUUGACCCAACUUGGCUUAGGCACUUCGGAGCAUGUAUUUAUUACAUGCGUGCUCUGUAAUGAAGCCUGAACUGUACAUUUAGAUGAUGACAAUGGUCUGAUAAUGCUGCUUGAAUGGAACCAGAACCACAUUACUGUGCAUGAACAGAUGCAUGCCAUAAUGCCAUGGUGUUAUGUUGCUAUCUAAAGUCAUGGCCAUAUAUAUAUAUGAAAAGUGGAUAUUACUUGUAUUACUUGUAUUAUUAGACAAAUAAAUGUCUAAAACAGUAUCCAGUUACUUGCUAUUCACUAGUAUUUUUUUUAACUUAUUAAAGAAUGUCAAUUGAUAAUUGAGUGAUAUUUACUCAGUUCAUGUUAUUAUGUGAUUAACUGGUUUGAAGCAAGUAAACUUUACUUUGCAUAUUUGACAACCUCAUUCAAACGUGGUGACUGACUUGUAGCACCGAGACAACUCUGUGGGUAAAACCCACACAUUCUUGCAGGAAAGAAUAUAAAUGACUGAUAAUGACAUCUUAUGCAUUCAGCAAUGUACUAAUCUGUCUAAUCAUGAAAUUUGUGUUAAAAUGAGAUGUUUCCCAUUUUUCUAUGUGCGCCAGAAGCCAAGUGAUCACUCUGACAGAAUAAAUCCUUUAUUCUUUAGACCAA